UUUCACUUUCAUAUGGAUCGCACCUGCGGGCGAUGGCUGACCAAGGAAUAUCAACUCCCAGUAUAUUAGGCAUAGUCACUAUAUUCUGUUGCAUUUAUGGCGGACAAUUCGUCAAUGCAGCUGGACCGUCCACCACCCGUUAUGUCAUCACAAACGGCAAUGUCAUUAUCAACCCUGGGAUCCGUGGUGGAGUUUUACUGGAGAUCCUCUGGAAACAUGGUGUAAAUAUGGCGGUGGAAUGGGACACUGCCGGGAUACAGGAAUUUCGUGAUUUUAAAGGGAGGACAUCCUUGAACACCACGACUGGAGAAAUCACAAUCAGACAGCUGACCAAGCAGCUCAGCGGGGUGUAUGAGGCAGAGUGUAUGAUUGGUGUGGAAAUACAGACCUUUCAGCAGAGAGUGGAAGUCAUUGACCCAGUAUCACAACCUGAAGUCACCUGUGAAUUGAACGGUACCAUGGCAACAAUUCACUGCAGUGCUGAGGGUCCACUGGUGGAGUUUCGCUGGUCUUGGUCUGACCACCAGGGGGAGAUGUGGAGCCAGGAGCAGACUGGACAGCACUACAACAUCAAAUCCCCAGAGUCAGUCAGCUACACCUGUGAGGCCAGGAACCCAGUCAGUGAGAAGACACAGACAUACAACAGCAACGACUGCCUGGCCACAGGUAAUCCUGAGAUCUACAUCUACACUGGUAUUGGUGCAGGUGUCUUGUUGUUGGUUGCUGUUGUGGUUGCUGUUGUGGUCUGGCUCAUCAAGAAGCGUUCCAAAGAUUUGCGGAGCACAGGGAAUGCCAGCCAUCCUGAAGAGGAUCGAGAGAAGGCGGUGGCAAUCAGCCAGGCAGAGAUUGUGGAAGAGGAGAAAAAGCUAUUACUAGAUGAAGAACUCACUCAGAACAUAAGUGUAAAGGAUAGGGUCAAUCAGAUCAACCAGAACAGUGAGGCUGUGAAAACUGGAGAUGGUGAGGGAGAGAAGAAACCAUUACUAGACAAGGCAGGAUCCACUGACUCAGAUGUUAUUGUGAGUAAUAUCCCGUUCAAACUGAACAACCAGAAUCAGGUGUGGUGUGGGGAGUCCGGAAAGAAACGGAGGGAAGAAAAAGAGCAGAACGCAGAAUCCAAACAGAACAUGAACUUUACCUUGGGGAGUGUACCAGGGGAUACCGGCCAAACUGCUCCUCCGAAGCCACCUCGGAGCAGCCUUAACUAUAAUUCACCGUACCCACAGAUCCUGGAGACACAGCACAGCAGAGAGCAUCAUGGGAGAGGACCUGACCAAAGCAUGAGUGAUAAUGGCACAGAGAGAGAUGGAGAGGGAGAUGGACAGCUUAUGUCCCAAAAAACCUUAGACACAGGGAAGGAGAGCGGAGGAAAGGAGGGGGGGACAAGAGAGGAGGGAGAGCACGUUGAGAAAGAGAAGGUAGUAGAAGAUGAUUUAGUGAGAGUGGAGGGAGAGGGACAAGAAGAGACAGAUAGGAGAGGUGAUGGAGGAGAAAAAAAGGGACAGGAGAGAGAGAUGGAAAAUAAUGAAGAGCAGAUGAAAGGAGAGGGAGAAUAAAGAGGGAAGAAAGGAGAGAAGGGAGAGGAAGGAAAGAGCCCAACUUCUCCCGAACAACCACUCCCCUGCAAAGUCACCCGACCACCUCUCGCCCCAAAACCAUCAUCUAUAAGACAUGGCAACCAGAUGGGUGUAGAACAAGGAAGCGUAGUGAAGACAAUGGAAACUCAGAGGAUUGGUAGUCACACAGACAGAGAGAGAGGAACACCUGACCUACCAGGUCUGAGGAGACCCACUAGCUCAGUGUCAGACAGUACAGACACUCCUGAUAGAAACAGUCCAGGAUUGUCAGCUGUUUCUAUAGCCACAACAUUUAGUCCAAAGGUGGGCAGUGGUACUCUAUCCAAUCCAGGAAAGUCCAGUUCAGGUGCACCCUCCGGACCAGUAGACACCAGUUCAGAUACAACGUGUACAGCAAUAGAGAGUAGCUCAGAUACUCUGUCUACUACAGAGGAAAAUGUACCAACAGAGACCAGUAAAGCUACAGCCUCUGUACCAGGAGAAACCAGUUGAAAAGCACUUGUUGAAAUAGUUUGUUAAACAAAAAUGUUUGGCUCUGUAUGGGGAUGUUUUGUUUCUCUUAUAUUUAGACAAUUUAAAACCAAAUACUUUAAGACUUUUACUUUAGUCAUUUUCAAUUAAAGUAUCUUUACUUUUAGUCAAGUAUGACUUUUGGGUACUUUUUCACCACUGUAUUAUAGCACAUCAACAUAAUGUAUUGUGUUGGUACAGUAUACAGUACAUUUUUUAUACCAACAUACAUUUUGUAUUUUUAGGUGCAUUUUAUAAAGAAAAACAUUUCAUUAAUAUCUUUCUUGAUCCUUUACAUGGUGUGAGGGCUGAU